AUGGAAGUAGAAAUCGUUUCUCAGGAGAACAUAAAACCAUCUUCUCCAACACCUCAGCAUCUUCGAAUCUUCAAGCUCUCCCUUUUAGAUCAUUUCAUGCCUUCUCCAUAUGUCCAACUUAUCCUGUUUUAUGAUUUCUCCAAAAAUGCUCGUCACUGCACUAACCAUCAUCAACACACUACCCUAGAACAAAUGCAGCUGCUAAGGAAAUCUUUAUCAGAAGCGUUAGCUUGCUUUUACCCUCUUGCUGGAAAGAUGAAAGAUGAUUGUUCCAUCGACUGUGACGAUGAAGGAGCUAGUUUCUUGGAGGCUAGGGUUAACUGCACCCUCCAUCAAUUUCUUUUCGAGCCUGAUCUUUUGUUAUUGCAUAAAUUUCUUCCUUUCCAAUCCGUUCUUUCGACAGGAUCAGUCGCCGGAACUUAUGUAACCAACAUCCAAGUUAAUGUAUUUGAGUGUGGAGGUAUUGCCAUUGGCAUGUGCGUUUCACACAAGAUCGUUGAUGCCGCUGCACUCAACACCUUCCUUGAGGUGUGGACUGCUAAUGCUCGUGACAACACCUGCAACAAGAAUAUUGAUGUUGGUGAUUUGUUAUCAGCGAGCUUUGUUUCCACUAGUCUCUUCCCCGCGAAGGAGGACUUAUGGUUCAGAGAUUCAGCCACUGAGAUGUGGGGUUCGUUGUUGAAGGAAGGCAAGUUUGUGACAAGGAGAUUUGUGUUUGAUGCGCCGGCAAUAGCCAGCCUCAAGAAACGAGCAAGGAGCUCCACUCGAGUGGAGGCUGUUUCAGCGCUGAUAUGGAAGUGCACCAUGGCAGCAUCUCAACAAAAACAUGGAAGCCCAAGAGGUGGUUUGUUGGCUCACGCCGUGAACCUGCGGACAAGAAUGUCACCUCCUGCAUCGAAGAAUUCGUUGGGAAAUCAGGUGUGGUUAGCGAGUGCUCGACUGAGGGCAGAUCAGGAGAGAGAGCUGGACCAGUUAGCAAGGGAGAUUAGGGUUGGAAUAUCAAAAAUCAAUGGUGAUUUUGCAAAGGAAAUAGGAGGCGAAAAAGGGAAAGAAAUAAUGUUGGAUUGUAUCAAAGAAAUAAGGGAGUUUGGCAGUAAAGACGAAGUGGAGUAUUUAGGAAUCACCAGUUGGUGCAAGCUUGGGUUCUAUGAAGCUGAUUUUGGGUGGGGAAAACCUGUGUGGGUAAGCAGCAUUGGAAUGGAAGCUCCAUUGUUUGCGAACUUUGUUGUUUUAAUUGAGAGCAGGUUAGGUGAUGGCAUAGAAGCUUGGGUCACCAUGGACGAAGAGGAGAUGAUGAUAUUACAAAAUGAUCAUAAUCUCCUUAGCUAUGCAUCGCUGAAUUCUACUCCUUUUACUUCUGUUUAA